GAGUCCGAUUAAAUGUGGUAGGCAGGAGCACUGCGAGAACCCCGUGCGAGAGGAGCUGUGAGUGUGGCGGAUGAGAGCGCUGCGGCUAAAAGAGCUGUUAACUAGUGAAUGGCAAUCUCUCGGGGAAGUUCAACAGACCACUGUCACAGAGCAACACGGGAGCCCUGCGUAAAGCAAAGUGGCGCGUCUUCAAGAUUGGGGCGAUUGACCAACUCCGAAAAGAGGACACACAAGUUGGGUCAGACUAGCUGCUAAUCACUUGUUACCGGCGCUUCGCUCCCAGUAACAUGCCUGCCAUUAAAAAGGAGAGACUGGAUGGGGACGAUAUGGCAUUGGCUGCCUUCAACCAGACCGAAUACCUGGCCCCUUUAAAUGCCACCACUAUCCCCGUGGUGACCCCGCAUCCACCGCAAUACGACCAUUUAUUCGCCCAUCACCGUGCGUAUUUGGGGCUCCACGACUCGGCGCUGCAUCACCAUCACCAGCAGCAGCACCUUCACCAUCACCCGGACGACUUAAUGCUGGAGAGGUUUUCCUCAAUCCCCGACUUUCAGCCAUUUUUUGACAACGGGGAACCAUGCAUCGAGGUGGAAUGCGGGGAGAACAAGGCUUUACUAUACAUUAACAAACUGUGCCAAGGUAGUAAGGGACCCUCAAUCAAAUACCGGGGCGAGUGGCUCACCCCGAAUGAGUUCCAGUUUGUCAGUGGAAGGGAGACCGCCAAAGAUUGGAAACGAAGUAUAAGGCACAAAGGGAAAAGUUUGAAGACCCUUAUGUCCAAAGGAAUCUUACAGGUACAUCCUCCAAUCUGUGAUUGCCCUGGGUGUCGAAUUUCGUCUCCAGUGAACCGCGGUCGUUUGGCAGAGAAGCGCACCAUCCCCCUGCCCCCCAACCGCGUGCCCAAGAGGGAGCUGGCCUCCGCCUUCAGCAGUGACGACAGCGAGGGCAGCGACCAUGCCCACAUCAAGCAGGAAGACGAGCUGCAUUACAGUAUCAUGAGAAAGGGCCGUGACAGUGACCUCUCUAAAAUCAUCUCCAACCUCCACCACACAAGACAGCACGGCAUGCCCGAGGACCAGCCAGCCACUGACCUCAGCACCAACACAGGACACACAGGUAAGAUACUACAAGACCUGGGACGGGGGUUUGGGUGUUGUGUGUGUUUCUAUAUGUCUGUGUAUCUCUUCGUUUUUUUCCCUCUAUUCCACCAAUUUGCAAUAAGGUUACGUUUUCUUUACAUCAACAUGAGUAAUUCAUCACCAUUAUGCAUUAGUCCAUUAAUGUGCAGUAAUUUGUUUGAUUGGGGAAUUUACUGUAAGCUUAUUACUGAUUCCUGAAGGUGGCUCUCAAGUCGAUUACUUAAGGUUCUUGUUAGCCUGUUCUAUUGCACUCCAGGUUUUCCCUUAGCCCCCUGUUUUAAAUGACCACUAAAAAAAUAGCUUUGUUUGCCAUUAAUCCACUUUCAUGGGCGUAAAGGAACCAUGGUGUGUGUUAAGCUACAGUAAGAGCCUUCUGACAGUUUACAGCCCAACAGUUAAACGCCCUAAUAACACCAGCCACUGUUUCA